AUGAUUCAUUUGUAUUGGUGUUUUGCUGUAUUCUGGAGUUUUAUUCAUGGAGCCACUAUUCCACCGGUAAAAGAUGGAGAAAUGGAACUCAAAAUGGUUCAUGUUGUCUGGAGACACGGAGACCGCUCGCCGACGACUACAUACAACGCAGACCCAUUUCAAGAGGACUCUUGGACAUUUGGAGGCGGUGGAUGGGGACAACUAUCACCAUCUGGAAUGUUCCAACAUUUACAACUUGGAAAAAAACUUCGUAAUAGAUAUGUGAACACUGGAAACUCGACAUAUAACUUUCUUCCGGCCGUAUACGAUCAGAAAACAAUGUAUAUUCGGUCGACUGGAAUAAAUAGAACCCUGAUUUCGGCUACGUCGAACAUGCUUGGAAUGUAUGGACAAGACGGAUAUGGGAGCACAGCUGGAAUUGAUUUCCCUGAUGCGGUUGGAUGGCCACGUGGAUUUGUUCCAAUCCCAAUUCACACUGUAGAUUAUGAUUCGGAUCAUAUAGGCAACAUGGACAGUGAUUGCCCUCGUCGGGAAUGGCUCUGGAAUUUGGCGCAGCAAUCCGAUGAAAUGAAAGCGUGGCGAAGUUCUAGUUCAGUGAGAUCUGUGUUCAAUAAUUUGACUGCAUUAGUUAAUCAGAAAUGGAGUCUCGAAGAUUUCUGGGUUGUUCCUGAUGCAUUGUUUAUUGAACAGAUUUAUUUCAACGAAACCCUUCGUCAGAAAAAUCUAUGGUUCACUGAUGAUUUUUACAACCAAAUUGUAGCUGUGAAUGAUCAAAUCUAUAUGUAUGAAUAUGGAAUAUUCAAUAAGACUGUGACGAUGCAAAACUUGAACAUUGGACUAGAACUUUUGAAAAUCAGAUCUGGUCCGUUGAUGAAUGAUAUGAUUGAUAGGAUCAAUAAAAAGAGUGCUUGCACUUACAAAAAGAACGAAACGGGAUGUAAUUGGAUCAAUGGAUUGAAAUAUUUUGUUUACUCGGCCCACGACGAAACUGUAUAUUCCGUACUAGUGGCUCUUGGUCUCGAAAGGUUCGCUAUCAUACCACAUGGUUAUCCGCUUUAUUCUGCUGCAGUUGUUGUGGAGUAUUGGAGAAAUUCGACGGAUAACAAUGAUUAUUUCAAAUUAGUGUACCAUAAGCAAUCUGGAGAUGAUUUCACAGUGAUGACAAAUGAAAUUGAAGAAUGUGACAGGGACUACUGUAGAAUGGAUGUACUGGAACAAGUCGCCAAAAAGCUGAAACCAGACCAACCGAUUGAUCAAUGGUGCCUCGUUACCGAAUCUUCUGGAUCUUACUCCAUCUCAAUCUCAUUUUUGAGCUUUUUAAUUGUCAUCUACAAUUUUUUCCUCUUGUAA